CUUCCUCCAUUGUUACAUGGUAACAAACGGGGCCGGGCCGACGGCGAAACGGGGAGAAAGGCGUCUUCUCGUUGCAACAUUUUGACACCAAUCUGAAGGGAAACAAGCGGCCAAAUUCCGCGUAAAAUGCGAGACAACAACGAAACGAGCACCGCCGACUGAACCCGCCCCGGCGAGAAAGAAGGAUAAACGAACACAGAUGUCAGCGGAUUUCUCCAUCGCAAGCAAUUUUUUUUAUACUACAUCAGGAAGAUAAGAGAUUCGGCUUACUUAAAUUAUUCACGUUGCACCCAAAAUGUCUGGAAGUAAAUCGCAGCCGAUCCUAUGACGUUCCCUCUUUCUGCAGCCUGCCCGUUUUCUUCUAAACAGAAAGACAUGCAACAUUUUUAAAUAAAGCCACACAGGUCUACCACACAGCUCUCCGGCUCUCUGACCGCCCCCCCACCCCCGAACACCGACCACCAACCCGCGACAGAUCAGUGUGCAGAACAAUGAGCACGGAGCACAAGUAGCCCGGCGCAGACACGUUCAAGUGUCGCAAAAAAAAAUUUGACAAGUCGAUUUCGGCCACAUUUACUUUGUUUCCAUUUGCACCGCGGCCAAACCCCAACACCAGCAAAAAGCAACUCAUAGGGCGUUAAAAGAUUGAUGUGCAGCCAACAUUUUGGAAAGGGAGACGAGGAGACGACCCACUACGAGUUGGUUGGAACAAGGGUCCCUGUUUGUAUCCCAGACAACACGUCUCCAUGGAGGCAGGUUCGUCCCUCAGCCUCAAACGAAGAUAUGAAGAGGUGGACAACAACUCUCCAUUCUCCACACCUAAAGACUCCGACGAUGACAUCUCCAGCAGCGACAGCGCCGACAGCUGCGACAGCCUCAACCCGCCUUCCAGCACUGCAUUUACCCGUAAGGAACAGCAGGAGACAAACGUUAAAGCCACCUCCAUCCUCCGCCAGCACAAGCCGUCACCGGGGGGGAAGCGGGUGCGUUUCGACGUGGUGACGGUGUACUACUUCCCCCGGCGGCAGGGGUUCACCAGCGUGCCCAGCCAGGGGGGCAGCUCUCUGGGCAUGGCCCGCCACCACUCCUCCAUCCGGCACUACACGCUGGGCGAGUUCGCCCGCGAACAGGACUCCAGCCACCGGCACACGCUGCGCCAGCACCUGCGCCAGGAGAAGCUCAACGCCCGCAAGAUGAAGCUGACGAGGAACGGCACGGUGGAGUGCGCUCAGGCGGACCUGCUGACUCUGGAGGACGUAUCGGACGAGGACCUGGACGUGGACGGCGUGGAGGUGGACGACUGCUUCUUCCUACAGCCGCUGCCCACAAAGCGCCGGCGGGCCCUGCUGCGGGCCUCCGGCAUCGCCCGCAUAGACGCCCGGGAGAAAGCUGACCUCAGAACCAUCCGCCUCUCGCGGGAGGAAUGCGGCUGCGACUGCCGCUUGUACUGCGACCCUCGCCACUGCGGCUGCAGCCAGGCCGGCAUCAAGUGCCAGGUGGAUCGGAUGUCAUUCCCAUGUGGCUGCUCCAGGGAUGGAUGCGGCAACGCAGCGGGCCGCAUCGAGUUCAACCCCCUGCGCGUCAGAACUCACUACCUGCACACCGUCAUGAAGCUGGACCUGGAGAAGAGGAGGAUGCUGAUCCAAGGGCCCGGAGACCAGUACGCCGAUUCUGACCACAUGUCCUCCCCCUCCUCCACUUGCCCCGCUUCUCCCGACCUCCCUCUGGUCGCCGGCCUGGACUCUGAGCUGAAGGUGAGCGAGUCGCAGGCCGCGGUGGAGGUUCAGGAUCUCCUGGCGGAGCAGGACAUUCUGGAGCGGGAAAACGAGAUAGCCGUGUUGCACCUGCAGAGCGCCGAGGAGCAGGAGAGGCGGGAGAGGGAGGAGACCGGAGGUCUGGCUGAGCAGCCUCUCUGCCUCCUGCCCGGUGCUUUGGGAGGGCGGCUGCCCGAGCAGGCGGAUGCGCUGGGCGCGGAGCAGGUCCUCCUGCAGGGGCCCUUCCCCACGGGGGCCACGGUCCUCUGCGUCACCGACAACCAGGAGGAGAGCCCCUCUGAACUCCUCAAGGAAUCCACCUCUCUCCUCUACUACCAGCUCAGCCCCAUAGAGCCCGAGGCCUUUGAGGCCCGACCCAGAGCAGAGGAGGCUCAACCGCACGCAGGAGAAGAAAGGAAACGAGCAAGAGGAGGAGGAGAGGAGGAGGAGGAGUCAAAGGUUUGCAAGCCUGAAGAGAUCGAAUACAGGCAGAGUUUAGGAAAGUCUUUGACCGGUGUGAUUCUGCGCUCGGGGGGCAGCGCGGUAGCGGUGGAGGAGAGGCCCCCGAGCCCCCAGCGGAGCCUCUCCCAAGUGCACUGCCAACGGGAGUCGUGCUUGGUGGCGGAAGUGAAUCCGCUGCCUCCCGAAGUUUAGUUUAAGCUUCUCUGCAGAUGUUUUGCACAACAGCUUCAUCUAAGGUGAAAGAUGGAGAGAAAAAAAAGAAAAUACACGUUUCACAUUUAUCACUGCUUAUCAUCGAAAAUAUUACAGGUCACAAUCCCCUGUAGCGACUGAAUUAUGUGGAGGCUGAGUACUACAAUACGUGAGGGAAGGGGAAAGCUGAAAGCACAUACAGGCCACUCCCCAGAAGUAUUAUGGAUGCAGUUACAAGGCGACAUUGUACAUUAUUCUCUUGGGGGUGAUGAAUGCGGCCUUAAUGGAUAUGAAAACAUAAGAAACAUUUGUGUGUAGGAAGUGGGGCUUUGUUCAUUUCCAACGUAGCAAAAAAACUGAAAAAUACAAUGUGUGAAUGCUGACAUAAGCCUUUUGUUUGAUGAUGUUUAACACUAUCAACACUAAACACUAACUUCUUUGCAGCGUGCAGGAAGCUUGGUUAAUUCAGGGCCAUUGGCAAGCGUUUUUGAGAAAUGAUCAAGCAAUUUUGAACAGACAGCCAAACGUGCACCCACAAACACGUAUUUGUUUUAAUAACAUUUCUUGAAUUAGUAAUAUUAAAACAUUUCUGUUACAGUCAGGACCAGACAACGCUGCAUGUGACAACGGCGCACUCACGCGGGUGCGUUUAAUAGCAUGCGCACGGUCAUCUAUACGAGAGACAAUGGUGAUUGACUGUGAAAAGUUUAAAGGAAGCCCCCCCCCCACACAAAUGAGAGUGCAAAUUGAUCAUACCGAUAAAGAAGAAUACAGCUGAACGUAACACAAAGAGGGACAUUUGUGAAGCAUCCCGGUGUCAUCUGUGUCAGAGCACUUACCCGACGCCUCCAUAAGUCCGCUCGCUCGCAGGCAGCCGGGGAGCACGUCGAGGCGGAGGCUGCGAGAGCCGCCGAAAGCCAUCAGCGAGCCGAUGAACGGCCAUCCGCAAGAUUUAGGCUGACGUGCAACUGCAUUGCAUCUUAUACUCGAAAUCAUAAAAAUGUCCGGUUUGAGCUGAUACCUGUUUGCCAGCCGGCUGCUUUCGAAGUGGGUUUUGAGCCCUGUAGUCGCGGCGAACAAGUGCCAUCAAGCCAAACCAAGGCCUCUGAGUAUCAUCCCUCACAAAUAUACCUAAUAAUCCUGGAAAUACUUGUAUUUGUGUACUGUAUAUGUGUUUGCAAUGUGCAAGACGGAGCCGAGGUUGCUGCUUUUUUCUUCUUUUAAAAAGAAUCUGCAUACACAUUGUGAACAGAGGGUGUUUUGGCUCUGCUGUAAUGAAGGUACAUCAACACAGAGCGGCAGACUAACACUGGCCUUAGUGGUUGCUCUGGCUCGCCUCGGGCUGCAUGUGCAAUGCAGUUAAAUGUAGUUACAAUGAUCUGAUAUUACUUAUUAUUUGUGUGUUUGUGGAUUAGAUACUGUUGGUUUGAAGUCCUCGCAGUCCUUCCUACUUUUGUAUGACAGGAAAUUGCUUUCAUGGGCUUCUGCCACACCCGUAAAACCAUGUAGUCAUGUGAAAUUCCAGAACAGAUCUUCCAAGGCCUUCGCCUCUUUUAAUAAGUAUACUUAAUAAGUAUACUUGUUAAAAGGGCGAGAUGCUAUAAGGACGAAAUGGAUCAAGUCAAAUUCGUGAGAAAAUAGCAUUUAAAGAGUAGUUAUACAAAAUGAUGUGAUUUUACUAAUUUAUGAAACAGAUGAAAAACAACCUGAAUUUGUAUAUUUUAUGUUUAAGCUGUACAGUAUGUGUGUACUUUACAUUAGCGUGUCAAAGUGAGAGAGAAAGACUAUCCUACGUGUGCAUGUACAUGUGUAUGUACUGUAUUAUGACUAAAGGGGGAAUAUUAGUGAGCAUACAUAUUUUAUUCCUGAAAGAUGCUGAUGUUACAGAUUUACAAUCCACUGCUUUGCCCCCCCUACCCCCCCUCCCCGAGCCCCCCGACCCCUCAGACGGCAAAUCAUUAAUGCGGCCAUUCUGGAGUGAGGUGUGUGUGUUCUGUCUUUAAAUGUGUUUGUUUAAGAUAUGUCAGACUAAUACUGAUGUGUGUAAGUAUGCUGAGUCUUCUAACACUAAACCAGUCCUUUUGUUUUGAUCCCUAAUAUCGCAGCUGCUUUUUGGGCGACAACUUGUCAAACACAAGAUGUGCCGCCGUGUACGAGAUGCCUGAUGUAUUUCUUUGCCUUUUUAUUAUCAUUUUUUUCAACUUUCUUAAUAUGAAUCUGCUUAACAGUUGCACCAAAGCAGUGGUUUCAAACCUAAUUAGCAGAUGCUCUCAAGCAUCACGUUUUAACAAAGCGGCGUAGUUAUUGUGAGGGUUAGGAUUAAUUGUCGGCCUUUUGUGUGUUUCACGUGACUCGCCUUGACAUCAUACCGUCUUUUAGAAUGGUGAUGAUUAGAAGCUGCCUGUUGUUGUCCUUGGCUUUCUUUUGAUAGACAAAGGUUUGGGACCACUGCCAUCAAACCAACACCAUUACACUACGUGAUUGUGUGUUUCUCUGUGUGAGAGGGGUGUGCGAUUGUUGUAAACAAUAACACGUUUAGACUAUCUAAAAGCUAUGGGGACUACUCUCAUGCUAACUGUUGCCUAAAGUGGACAAAAGUUUUUUUUGUUUUUUUUUAUACAAAAUAAAAAGAAUAAAACACUCACUUGAAAAAGGA